AAGAAGUCUUUAGAGAGAAAAGCUAGGUUAUGGACAACUUUUUCUGAAGAAUCCCAAAAAGAACAUAAAACUACUUGAAGUAAUUAAAAAUGGAUUUUGUUGACAUCAUGGAUUCUAUUAAUGUAACAAGUGAUGAAUAUUUAAGUGUAGCAGAUAGAUAUUAUACUGUAAAAUAUUGUACAGAUUAUAGUACAGAAGAAAAUAAUUUAGACCAUUGCAUUAGUUUUCACACAAAUCGAAUAUGCUUAAUAUCUUUGGCAGAAAAACAUCCGAUAAUAAAAGACAGGAAGCAAAUACUGAAAAUUGAUAGUGUAGUAGGUAAUAUAGAUCGAUUAGAGAACAAAUCAUCAGGAAAGGCAAAGCAUGGAGCACAAAAGUUAAAUCCCAAUUCCAUUCUUUGUUAUAUACAUUGCAGUGAUGGGUCAUCAUAUCCAGUUUACAGUUGCAUUAAAGGGAAACUUUUAGAAAUAAAUAAAAAUAUAUUCAAAAACCCUCAGCUAAUUAUAGAAAAGCCAAGAUCCCAGGGUUAUAUUGCUCUAAUAUUGCCUUAUUUAGAUUCAUUCACUCAAAUUAAAGACUCUAUGAUGUCAAAUGAAAGUUACUGUAAAUAAUAUAUGUUCAAAUGUGUCCAUUUUAAUAUAUUUGGUAAAUUAAAUA